UGUGUACUGACAGAGCAGAUGAGAGAUGCUCGCUUUCUGUGGAGCUCAAUGAAUGGAGCUGCAUGUUAUGAUGGAGCCUUAUCUCUACCUUGGGCGUUGGACCAAGAUGUUUUGCGCUAAGUACGUUUUCAUGUGACGGAAUUGUAUUCGCCUUAUUCAGAAAGGUCUUUUUUAUUCUGCAUGGCAAUGUGCGCAUCUUAUGGCUAAUCACUGCGUUUUCACGUUUCCCAUCGUCCAUAUGUGACAUAGCAGAAUAUUUAAAACGCAAAGGCUUUGUAAAUAAUUUUCAGAAAGAUGAUGAAUAGAAACAGCCCGUUGAGACCACGCUCCAUGUCGAUUGGCAAAAAAUCAGAGGCGGUCAAAGUGGUGGUGCGGUGCCGCCCGUUAAACAAGAAAGAAGAAGCGAUGAAUCACGACAGAAUUGUUGAAGUAGACGUCAGACUGGGACAGGUGAGCGUGCGUAAUCCAAAAUCAUCCGGAAGCCUCAUGAAAACGUUCACGUUUGAUGCAGUCUACGACAUGGGUUCAAAACAAAACGAGUUGUAUGAUUAUGCAUGUAAACCUCUCAUUGAAUCUGUUUUGCUUGGUUUCAAUGGAACUAUAUUUGCGUAUGGCCAAACUGGCACUGGCAAAACAUAUACAAUGGAAGGUGUGUCCACCAACCCGGAGACAAGGGGAGUCAUCCCAAAUUCAUUUCACCACAUUUUCACUCAAAUAUCCCGAUCUCAGAACCAACAGUAUCUUGUGAGAGUGUCUUAUCUUGAGAUAUAUCAAGAAGAGAUAAGAGAUCUCCUGUGCAAGGACAACAACAAAACACUAGAGCUCAAGGAAAAUCCAGAGUUAGGUGUCUACGUCAAAGAUCUCUCAUCUGUGGUGACCAAAAACAUAAAGGAAAUUGAACAUGUCAUGAACUUGGGGAACCAGUCAAGAUCUGUUGGAUUCACCAAGAUGAAUGAGCGGAGCUCAAGAUCACAUGCGAUUUUUGUGAUAACUGUUGAAUGCAGUGAAAUGGGCAUUGAUGGUGAGGAGCACAUUCGUGUUGGAAAGUUAAACAUGGUGGAUCUGGCUGGCAGUGAGCGCCAAAGCAAGACAGGUGUACAGGGACAGAGGUUUAAAGAGGCUACCAAAAUAAACCUGUCUCUUUCUGCCCUUGGAAAUGUUAUCUCAGCCUUGGUGGAUGGGAAGAGUACCCAUGUUCCCUACCGGGAUUCCAAACUCACCCGCCUGUUACAGGACUCCCUUGGAGGCAACGCCAAAACAGUUAUGGUGGCCACAAUUGGACCAGCUUCGUGCCACUAUGAUGAGACUCUUACCACACUGAGGUAUGCUAACAGAGCGAAGAACAUCAGGAACAAGCCAAAAAUCAACGAGGACCCCAAAGAUGCACUGCUUCGUGAGUUCCAAGAGGAAAUAGCCCGUCUGAAGUCGCAGCUUGAGGAACGAGGGAUGCUGGCCAAAGCAAGGAGGAGACAGAGGAGAAAUAGUAUGCGGAUGAAGAGGAGUAUGAGUAGUGGAGAGGUGGAAACUCCCAGAGAAGGACAGUUGGAGAUUGCCAAGACAGUACAUGAGGAGAGUGUAGAGGAAUAUUGGUGGAGGCAGCAGAUGGCACAGACCUCUGCCAAUUACAAGUCAGAUUUCCGCAGGAAACUUGGCACAUUAGAUGAGAAAGUCAAGACUGUGGAAGAUUUGCUGAAGGAGCAACAAGCAAUGGAAAUCAUGAUUGAAAAGUACAAGGCUAUGGAAAGUAAACUUUUGGUUGGAGGAAAAAACAUCAUUGACCACACCAAUGAACAGCAGAGAAUGUUGGAACUGAAGAGGCAGGAGAUUGCUGAGCAGGAGAGAAAAGAAUUGGAGAUGCAACAGCUGAUGUUUGAACAAGAUGAAGAGACAAUUGAACUGAAAGAGACGUUCUCCACGCUACAGCAAGAGGUGGAAUUUAAGACCAAGAAGCUUAGAAAGUUUUACAGUAAGCUGCAGUUGGUGAGGUCUGAGAUUGGAGAUAUCAUCAAUGAACAUGUCACAAUGAGACAAGAACUGGAGCAGACAAUGAAUGAGCUGACAAGAGAGAUGAAAUUCAAAAACCUUAUAAUCGAAAACUUCAUUCCUCCUGAGGAAAAGAAUAAGAUUAUAAAUCGCCUUCAUUUUGACAGCGAGGAAGACCAGUGGAGAGUCUUACCAAUUCUCCCUUCAGAAAAUAACUCACCUCUUGUCAGGCAAAGGCCAACUUCAGUAGUGGGAUACAAAAGACCACUUAGUCAGUAUGCUGUGGCAUCCGGUUCUCCUUCAAGAUACAGGGCUGAGAACAUCAUGCUUCUGGAACUGGACAUGUCUCAACCUACCAUGGUUCCUCUUGACCUUCAGAGGUCAGACAUAAGGACCCAAGACUUGAUACGUGACUUUGGCCAUUAUAGAAAGAGGACGACUGCAUCACGGGUCAUGAAAGCCAGAUCAUGGUGCCAAGGGCCAAGUCAAUCUGCUUCUUCUUCAACCAACUCUGGGGAACAAUGUCCAGCCUCUACAAUGGGGGCUUGUGCGGCAACCCAACAACCAUGAGCAUUAAUCAUGCAAGGAAUAUAAGCAUAGAAAGCACUUUUAAUUAUUCUUUUCUCUUUUAAUGAGCUUUAAGCUAGUUUGUCUUUUGCAUCACUCUGAUUUAGCUUUGGAUUUGCGCACGGAUUUUAAGCACAAUUGUCUCCUGUAUACUUGAAAAUGCUAGUGUAUCCUGUUUAAGCUUGUCGUUUUUAAGUGAUGUCAUUCUUGAACAGAAAUGCAAACAAUAAAUGUAUCAUAAACAAAUAAUCUCUCAAUAUGUGU